AUGACCAUUAUUCACCCUGUUCAAACUGUUGCUGCUCUUGAUGACAGUUCCGUAAUUUUUGCGGUCAUAAAAAAUGUUAUUCUAGGGUACAAGAGAGAAGAUUCAGGUAGUUACAAAUUGAUAGGUAAAUGGGUCGAUGAAUUUGAUAGAACUGAGUCUAUUAAGAAUAAGGUUACUAAAGAACAAGAUAGACAAAUUAAUGAAAAUGCAAAGAAACAAAAGGAUAAUGAAGGUAAUGUUAUUGUUCAAAAGAAAAAAACUGAGGCGAAGAUACCUGUUCCAGGUCCUGGAGCACCUCCAGUAUAUUCUUGUAUUAGAAAUCUACUAAUUUCAAAAGAUGGUAGUAAAUUACUUUCCUGUGCGGACUCCGACAAGUCUGUGUUAGUUUUCGAUAUUGAUCUCAACAAUGACACAAAUUGUCUACAAUUGGUAAAAAGACAACCAUUUCCAAAAAGACCAAAUUCUAUUACUAUUAGUGAUGAUGGGAAGACAGUUGUUAUGGCAGAUAAAUUUGGUGAUGUAUACUCCAUCCCAACAGACGGGGAACCAUUAAAGGAUAUUAAUGAUGAAUUAGACCCAAUUCUCGGUCAUGUCUCUAUGUUAACAGAUGUCCUAUUUAAAACAGAUUCUCAUGGUAAGAAAUUUAUUAUUACAUCAGAUAGAGACGAACAUAUCAAGGUGUCACAUUUCCCACAGUCAUUUAUAGUUGAUAAGUGGCUGUUUGGCCAUUCGCAAUUUGUAUCAUCCAUUUGUUCCCCACAAUGGAAAUCUGAAUGGUUGUUCAGUGCAGGUGGUGAUGAUUUUGUAUAUUUAUGGGAUUGGGAGUUAGGCAAGAAGUUGUCUGAAUUUAAAUACAGUGAUAUGAUUAAACCAUAUUUGACUGAUAAGCAUCUAGCUCCAAGCAGAUUCCAAAAUGAGUCAAACGAUAUUAUUGAAUACGCUGUCUCUAAGAUCAUCUCCUUUACGGAUAUCCCUUAUGUUGCAUUUUUUGUAGAGGCUACAAAGAUUCUUUUCAUUGCCAAAGUUGAUGUCGAAAAUAAAAAAAUAUAUGAAAGCACGACUUUGGAACUACCUUAUAACAUUAUAUCCCUCGAUAAUGCUUAUAAUAAUGAAAUUGUUCUUUCUCUAGAUAAUAGGGAUUCUAACGGAAAAGACUUUAUUAAAUUUGUAAAGUACAAUCAACAGGAUGGUUCUUUUGAAUUAAAUGAAAAACGUUCUAAUGAGUUGGAUGCAUGUAUCAACGAAUUGAAAUCUGACAGCGAUAUCACAGUGGAAGAGGGGAAUAUUUACCCAUUGUAUUCCACUACAACUUUAAGAAAGCAUGGUGAACAUUACUCUUAA